CGACACUCGUCAUUCGCUCCCUCGAUGUUGUGUGCCUGUCCGACUGUUGUGCACACACACACACACACACACACACACACACACACACACACACAACCAUCAGCCAGGCCAAGCACCAACCAGAGCUCUCACGCCACAAACAAUCACAUCCAUUGAUUGACUGGCAACAAGUCGACAGGACGCAAGCAGUCGACCCAAGCAUCGCCAAGCACGGUUUUGUCAGGCACAUACUAGCUUCAUCCAUCCGUCCACGGAACCGGUUCAGAGACACGAACGACCCACGUCUCACGCAGCCACAACCCCACAAGCAUAAUCUAUCGUCCCUCAUCAAUCCUCGCCCAUCUGCACGUCUGCACCAACGCUCACACACGACAACGACAACAACAACAACCACGGCACCGCCACCUUCUACAACGGCGAGGGCAGGUGCAGCUGCGUGCGUUCAUUCCCGUGGCCGCCGGCACCAGCCAUUGAGUGCCAAUGGCUGUGUCCGACAUUACAUACAUACGCACGUACCCGAUGACAGCAGCGCACUCAUCAUGCCAUCCAAGCAACGCAAACAGCGAGUGCAGCAGCAGCAACAGAACAAGCCGUGCGCUGCUUCUUGUCGCGUAAGGCGCCAACCACCAUCAAUACCACCACGCCAACAAUCACGGAGUGGUGGUCGCAUUCACAUGGCUGUUGUGGCGGUGGCAGUUCUGGCGCUGUUCGCACUGCUGGCCAUCACAGCAACCACAGCCGCCGCCACAACACCACCAUCAACACAGGUGGGCCGCGUGCAAUGGAGAGUGGUCACCCGAGCAUACAACGACUCCCACUUCACCCUCGCCCUCGUUCCCAACAACAUCAGCACUACCAGCAACAGCAGCAGCAGCAUCAGCAACAGCAGCAUCAACAUCAACAUAAGCAGCGUGGUGGGUGAAGAUGGACCACCGCCACAGAGCCCGUUCGCCAUUCUUCCCGCCAUCACGGUGCUUGACUCUCCACAUGUGGUUGGUAUGACCGCUGGUGGUGGUGCGUCGAGCGACGAUGACUAUGACACCGAGGACGACGCAUUCUACCCACCGGCAUCGUGGGUUCUGGCCACCAACAACACCGUCGUGCUUACUCUCCGGCCCAACGUCGAAGUGAAGGCACGGAACACGGUGGCAACACCAGCAUCAUCGUCAUCAUCAUCAUCAUCAUCAUCAUCAUCAUCAUCAUCAUCAUCAUCACGGCCACUGCCCAUCUUCCAGUUCACAUCAUCGCCAGACCACGUGCAAGAGGCGCUACAGCUCUUUCGCGUGCACGUCUUCCUCUCACCAACCACAACAGUAUCCACCACCAAUGCAACCACCAACAACAACACCACCAAUACCACCAAUACCACCACCACGACUGCUGGCGUUGCUGUGCUGCUGCCGUAUUGCAAGCGCGUGUAUUCCCCGCGCUGCUUUGCGCCGGACCGCCCGUAUGUGCUCGAGUGGGCGACGGCGUUUGGCGCCGUGCCUGCGCUCGCCCCCGAUGCGGCUGCAGCAACUCCAACACCUGCUGCCAACAGUAACAACAGUAACAACAACAGCAGCAGCAGCAGUGCAUUUGAUGCUGACGUUGGCGGUUACAUGGCCACCCCGCUUGUCCUUGUCGACAGCAGCAGCAGUGCAAUGGACAUUGACACACCGCCAGGCGAAGACAUCAACAAUACCAACAACACUACUACCACCAGCAAUGCCACCACCAACAACACUACUACCACCAGCAACACCACCAGCACCAGCGCAGCGGAUGCGUUGUUUGCGAGUGCAGAGGUGGUGCUCACGACACCGUCCCCGCGUGUCCCCGUCGUGUCGUUUGAGACGAUGGCUGUCGGGAGCACGUGGGCGGCGUGUCGCAUCGUCCUCAAUCGCUCCGACAUCACCGUUGUUGCUGCGCUGUACAUCGACCGUUUGGGCAACGCCGAGUUUGACUUUGACCCCAACAACCUCGACACGCCCAUUCUGGACGCAGGUGUCAUUGACGUUGUCAUGGACGGGCUAAACGCGUUUACCGUCGCCCUGUACAACCUGCAUCCGUUUACCCACUACCGCCUCGCCCUCUCGCUGCACACGCCCACGGGCGCCUAUGCCCGCGAGCAACUGACGUUCACGACGCUUGUGGACAGUCCAACCACGCCCCUUGUUGACAUGCGCGUGCAGACGUGGUCUGUGUUUGAGACGUCGUUCCUGGCGCGUGCAGACCCGAUACAGCCUGCCACGGGCAUUGUGCAUCUGAUCGAGACGGAGAUUCGCGACACGCUCACCAACGAGGUGAGCACGUACGAGCACAGCUGGGGCAUCAACGCAGGCUACUGCGCCAACCCCUCGGAGAGCAAACCCUCGUUCAGUUGGUUUGUUGGCGGCGUGCUGCCCAACACGCGCUAUGAGCUGCGGUCACGCGCAAUCCUCUAUCCGCAGCACACCUCUGACCUGAUUCGCACGUUUGGGUCCGUUGUUGUGCUCGAUCCAACCUUCCAAGCAGCACCAGCACCGGAGACCCUGCACCAAGCUCGCGCUGGUGCUGAUGCUGUUGUGAACGGUGACACGGUUGAUGCUGUUGUGAAUGGUGAUGGUGGUGAUGAUGCUGUUGUGAAUGGUGAUGGUGCUGGUGCUGGUCGUCGUCGCCGCUAUGCUGCCACGGAUGGCAUUGAUGCCGUAGAGGCGAUGGAUGAUGCUGCUGUUGGUGGUGAUGGCAGCAUGCACGCUGCCCUGCUCGACGACAGCGCUGCCACCGCUGCUGGUGGGACUGUGAUUGGACGGCGGGUGAGGCGCGUCACACCACCACCACCAGCAGCAGCAGCAGCAGCAGCCGCCGCUGACGACAGCGAUGAAGGUGGACGGAACGUGGACGGGACAGCGGCGCCACCCUCAGAUGUUCAGCUCGAGUCGCCGUGGACGGAGUGGGUCACGGUGACCACCAAGCAGGCAACGCAGCCAGCGCUGAUACUGGAGGUGCAGUCGCUCAACGCCACGCACUUUGUGGUGAUGUGGCAGGACCAGCGGCCCUUUGCGCCGCUUGUUCGCGUCGACUACUUUGUGUAUGAUGCAAGCAACGACACCGUCCUGAACGGAACGCAACCGGACACAACCGCCACCAGCAUCAUCCUCAGCCACGCCCACCUGUACCCGAUGGGCGCCCGUGCCGUGACUGCUGUUGUUGUGAAUGCCAUUGGGGCAAGCCCACGCAGCAACAGGGUGCAGGUGCCCGCGUACACGCCACCACCACCACCAUCUGACAACAGCGGCAGCACGGGCGGUGUUGCGCUGCCUGGGUAUGCACUGGGCAUCAUCAUUGCCGUCGUCGUCAUCGUUCCACUUGUCGCGUGCUACGUGAUUUGGCGGUACCGGGUGAAUGUUCUGUUCCAGUUCCCCGAGGAGGACGAGUGGGAGCUGAAGCGCUCUGCUGUGACGCUCGGUCGCGAGAUUGGGCGCGGCGAGUUUGGUGUCGUCAGGAAGGGCGUCUUCAACGACCAGGUUGUUGCUGUGAAGAUGUUGCGUGCAGGCACGGGCCUCGAGCAAGCGCGCGCAUUCAUUGACGAAGCGAACGUCAUGAAACAACUUUGCCAAGCAGAAAACCACCCCAACAUUGUGCAACUGCAGGGCGUCAUGAUGCAAGCGCAUCCGCUUGCUGUUGUCAUUGAAUUCCUCAGCAACGGCUCCCUUCGCUCCCUUCUUCUCGACACACGCGCGAGGCACCCCGUGUUUCUUGAUCUGCACCAGCUGCUGCUGUUUACACUGGACAUUGUUGAGGGCAUGUGCUUCGUCACCAGCAAAGGCGUCAUCCACCGUGACCUCGCAGCGCGCAACUGUCUGGUGACCACGGACUGGACGGUGAAGAUUGCAGACUUUGGGUUUGCGCGUGCGCCCUUGCUCGAACGCAACUACCAGGCCAUGUACACGAAGCGCGGUGAUGUUGUGCUGCCGCUGCGAUGGGUUGCGCCGGAGGUGUUCACGGACGGCCGAUUCUGCGAACUGUCAGACGUGUGGUCGUUUGGCGUCACCAUGUGGGAAAUCUUCGCAAAGGGAGAGCUGCCGUAUGCAGACAUUCCUCAGGAGAAGCUCGUCUCGCAGAUAUUGUCUGGUCGCCGCCUGCACCAGCCCGACGACUGCCCGCGCCUCCUCUACAUGCUCAUGCAGCGCUGCUGGGAACGGGACCGCCCAAGCUUCAGCGCCAUCAGAACGUUUAUCCUGAAGGCGAUUGCCAAGUUUGGCCUGUCGACGAUGGAAGGGGAACGAACACACCCUGAAUCGCGCAUGGGUAUUGCCCGCACGCCCCACGGCAGCCACGCCCACACGAGUGGCGGCAGCACCGACAGCGGCACGACGGCCGGUGGCGUCAUUACAACACGCCAUCGCGGCAGUGCCAAGGAGGAUGGAUGUGGUGGUGGCGGUUAUGACGAUGCUGUGACGAGCACCACCGCUCUCACGCUGGCGUCGCUGCUGCCAGCCACCACCACAACGACAACAACAGCACCAGAAGCACCACUGUCGAUGACAAGGAUUGGCAGGUGUGGCGAUGGGGCUCGGGACAAGGGCAUGUCGGUUGGAAGCAUCACCCCUGGCAGCGACACCGCACUUGGGUCGAGUCUCGAUGCAGAAUUGGCCGAGUGGACAGAUAUGCUGCUGGACAACGGCAUUGAUGGCACCUGCCGCACAAGCAGCGACCAACAACAACAACAACAACAACAACAACAACAACAACAACAACAACAACAACAACAACAACAACAACAACAACAACAACAACAACAACAACGCGGGGAGGUGCUUGUGCUGUUUAAUGAACGCACCGGACAGCAACCCCAACACAAGUCCAACGUCAUUGGCAGUAGUGUGGUGUAGCAUCGCGCUUGUGUGUAUGUGUGCUUGUGGUUUCCGACUGAAUCCCUUUGUGGAAUGGCGUGGUUCCAGUGCAACGUGGUGUUUUUCGUGUGCGUGUGUAGCGUGUUGCCAUGAUUAUCACUAUCAUAAUUAGCGGUUUCUGGUCUGUCUGCAAGCACCCUUGCUUGCGUCAACACUUGCCAUUGCUUGUGUUAUUUACGUUACAUUGUGGUUUUAGUGACACCGUGCCCCUGCGCGUGCAUUGACGCGUGUUGUGCACUGUAGAGUUACAGCUUAUUCUCUUUCUAGUCAUUGCUGUUCACGUCCCUGCUUGCGUUUGUGUUUUGAUUUCACUCACAGUCAAACCCAUCACGAGCACAAAAGCAAAUGCAACACCA